GGCAGAGGCUGUGGUCAGUCUUCAUUUGACUUGGAAUGGUUUCAAAUCGCAAACAGCCACGCUUAACCUGAACACCCAUUCAUCAAGCAUAUCCAGUGGAUCGAUGUUACUCUAAUCUUUGAAGCUGCACUGUCAUAUAUACACAGGCUUGAAGACAUGAUCACUAGCACCGGUAUUUAUGGCCUAAAGAUGCAGUGGACCCCAGAGCAUGCACAGUGGGCCGAGCAGCACUUUGAUAUCUCCUCCACCACACGCUCUCCUGCACACAAAGUGGAGGCCUACCGGGGGCACCUGCAGCGCACCUAUCAGUACGCCUGGGCCAACGACGACAUCUCUGCACUCACCGCCUCCAACCUGCUGAAGAAAUACGCAGAGAAGUACUCUGGGAUUUUAGAGGGUCCGAGUGAGCGAGCGCUGCUCUGCUCCUAUUCCGAUGGCACUCCUGGACUCCUGAAUGGACGUAAGUCAGAGAGUGAGUCCUGGCAGGAGGGGAUUUACCCAAUGAACUGCGCUCCAGAUGUUUUAUCUGUGAGCAAAUCUGGAAUGACAGCUGCCCUUCCCCCAACAGACGUGUCGGCCAGCAUAGGUAGCACCCCAAGGGGGGCCAGCAGCCUGACCGAGCCCAGCUAUUCCAGCAGUAACUGUGGGAGUCACACAGCCACCAGUCUACACUCUGGUCUGUCCUCUCAGGAAUACGCUACGGGCUACAAUGGCUCCUACCUGCACUCUAGUUACAGCGGGCAGACCGCCUCAGGCCUCCCCUCUCCAUUGCACAAUGCUGGUCUCCUACAACCGCCCCCACCCCCACCACCUCCCCCUACUCUAGUGCCCAGCUACAACGCGGGGUCUCCCAACCUCUCCAACUACAAUUAUCCUCCGACAGGAUAUCCCCCACAGACAGCUGUUGCCCCUAGCUAUAGCCCUGGGGGAGCCCCACCUCCCUCUGCCUAUCUGCCAUCAGGCAUCGCAGCUCCCACGCCCCUACCCCCCUCUACACUCCCUGGCUAUACCUACCAGUCCCAUAACCAUGCACCAAUUGCACCAACACCUUUGAAUGGCAGCUCAGCCAACUCAUUGAAAAGAAAAGCUUUCUACAUGACGGGGCAUGGAGAUAUGGACUCCAACUAUAGUAAUUUCAACUACAACCAACAGCGCUCCUCACAAAGCCCUAUGUACAGAAUACCAGACAACAGCAUCUCAGACUCAAGCAGAGGGAAUGGAUUUGACAGGAAUGCUGAUCCGUCAUCUUUAGCAUUUAAGCACACGAAGCAGCCAAUAUCCUCAGAUCAGCAAAGAAAAUGUUGCAGUCAGUCUGGCCGGGCAUUAACCCCUCCCUCCUAUGGAUCAACCAAAAGCUCUGUGGGAGGCCUGAGAUCGGGCGAGUCCUUUGGAAAGUUUGGAACCCCCAUAAUGAAUGAGCACAGUGAAGAGCAUAGACAGCUCCUCUCCCAUUCCAUAGCAGGGUCGGACAUUGGCAGCGCUACCUCAUCCAGCCACACUGCAGAGGAGCAGCUGAAGAACAGUGAUGCCAACCUCGUGGAGUUGGUCACCACAGAGAUCCUUCAGCCCGGUCCCCCAGUAGACUGGAAUGACAUUGCAGGUCUGGAGCUGGCCAAAGCAGCCAUCAAAGAAGAGAUUCUGUGGCCCAUUUUGAGGCCAGACAUGUUCAGUGGACUUGCCACAUUACCUCGGAGCCUCCUUCUCUUCGGACCUCAGGGAACAGGCAGAACACUGCUGGGCCGCUGCAUGGCCAGCCAGCUGGGGGCUGCCUUCCUGCGGCUCAGUGGCUCAGCCCUGGUGACCAAGUGGCUGGGAGAGGGAGAGAAGAUUGUCCAGGCCUCCUUCCUGGUAGCCAGGUGUCGCCAGCCCUCAGUGGUGUUCAUCAGUGAGGUGGACAUGCUGCUUUCGGCCCAGCUCAGCGAGGAGAGCCCAGUGAAUAGGAUCAAGAGCGAGCUCCUCAUGCAGCUGGACAGUGUGCUGACCUCAGCCGAGGACCACGUCCUGGUGGUCUGCUCCUCCAGCAAGCCUGAGGAGAUCCAAGAGUCCCUGAGGAGGUACUUCACCAAACGGCUUCUCAUCCCCCUACCUGACAGCACAGCACGACACCAGAUAAUCAGCCAACUGCUCUCACAGCACAACUAUUGCCUCAGUGACAAAGAGUUGUCACUGCUGGUCCAGCGGACGGAGGGCUUUUCGGGACUGGACGUGGCUCGGCUGUGCCAUGAGGCAGUAGUAGGACCGAUACAUGGCAUCCCAGCUUCUGACCUCUCAGCCAUCCAUCCCAGCCAAAUGAGACCAGUCUCUUACCAAGACUUUGACAAUGUAUUUAGCAAAUUCCAGUCCAACAUAUCACAAAAAGAACUGGACACAUACACCGAAUGGAAUAAAAUGUUUGGUUGCAGUCAAUGAAACUGAAGCAUUCGAACACGCGGGAAGGAAACCCCUUUCAGAAGGAUACCAUUUAGAAUUCUCAGUAAACAGGAAGUGGACAAGAGAAUAAUACAGGUCGUGGUGACUUUAACACCUGCAGUACAGUAAUGGCGUAAAGGUAGGCCUUAGAGAAGCAGAGGCAUGCUUUACACAACGGCUGGCAAUCUGCACACAACACAUAGAGAAAUAUUAUUUUGAUGCUUGAAACGGAUGAGGCCAAGCAUCGCCUACCAAGGUGCAAGUGGGUAGACUUUAACAGGAUGGAACCCCUGUGUGUGUAUAUAUCAGUUUGCUGUUCUGGAGAUUUAGUUGCUAUCAAGUGCCUGAAGUGGUGCUCUUUUAUUUUCUAAUAUUAUCUCUUCGCCUCACAAUCUACAUUGAUGGCAUGUGCUAAUAUAAAAAGCUUUAAUAUGAGACAAAAACUACAAAAUUGCUUUUUUCCAUUGAAACAGUAUUCCUCAACUGUGUCUGUUUUGCGCUCUCUGUGGACAGUAGAAAGUACAUGUGUUACUGGUAAUCUGAACCCUAAUUUAUAGACAUCAUUUAUUUUGAUGUUCUCUCUUUAUGAAAACUCAGGAAAGUGAUUGUGAUAUGUACAGUACCUCAAAGAUUGUUUCAAAGCACUAAACAUUUGGCUUGCGUUUUGAAUUUGCAUUAUCAAAAAUGGAGGGUUUACGGUACCUCGAAAGGCUAAAAAUGAGUAUGACAUUGAAUGUACCAGAGUGAUUCUGGAGUAUUUGGAAGACAAAAGGAGAAGUGUCGUGUUUUUCUUUGCAAUUUCCCAAGUGAAGAAUCCUAUUGUGAAUAUAGUUUUAUUUGAUAUGUGGCAAAGAUGGAGGAAUGACGAUUCUUUUAUCUACUACAACACAUUCGACCGGCCUUCAUCGACCGGCCACAGUACAUUAAGAGAACACAUUUUAGGAUGUACGUUUUUGCUAAACCCCAUCUGUAGGAGAAAGCAUAGCAUAUGUAUUUUGUCGAAUAUUAUCAGCAGCUUAAAUUUGUAUCUCAUCUGCAGAUAAAACUGUCCGGCCACUUGCGGAGAAACGUGUUAAGGCUGAAAACGAGCCUCAUGAGGUUGAAAAAGACCGUUUCCCCCAAGGUAUUUCAUUCCAUCCCGCUGCUAUUUUAUCACGAAUGAAAACGAAGGAUUAUGUUUUCUACCUCCAGUUUAUUCGUUUUCUCUGAAAGCAGAAUCUGAGGGUAUGGCAAGAUGACAGAGCCUAUUUCGCUCAUUAAACUAUGAAGCCUUUUGUGGGAACAAAAAAGCUGCCUUGCUGACAACAAAAUCAGCUUAAGUUAGUGUUACGCCAGUGUCGUCCCCAUUCAUAGACACCUAUGUACAUGGAGUAUUCAUUUCUCGGAACAUGAGCAGGGUGGUCUUGAAAAGGGGUCUGGAGACGUGUGGCCGUUAGCCCUAUCUUUAAGCCCUUGUUCUAGGGUCCUUUCUUACAGCAAAGCUAUGUUGUUACUAACUAUCAGUGUUCAGUAAUGUGCCAGAAAAGGGGCAAUGGAGACACAAGGCCUGAUGAAUGCAUGAAAAAGCCUUGCUUUUGUUUUUUGUCCCUCCCCCCCCCGCUAUAGCAGUAUGAAAACUGUCAGAACGCACGAGUGCAUUGAAAGGGAUGUCCUACAGUACCACUGAAAGUAUUAUCAGUACAGCGCAACUGCACUGCGUUUUAGUUCACCCGCAUUCCAACGUGAUAUUUUCCCAAUUUGUGUCUCAUACGUCUUAUAUUUACAUACGUCUUAAAUUGUUUUCACUCUUACGCAGCUUAUUGUGUUUACAAUGACAACAUAUAUAUAUUGUUCACCUCCAAUGGCGGCACUUACUGGGCAACAGGAGGCUGUAGAAUCACUGGCUGUCUAUGACUGUUUCCUGUUCUAGUGUAGUCUUAUGACAAACGUUAAGCUGGCAACAGCUGCUUUUUCAGUUACACAAUUAUAAAGAAUAACGGCUGCACAAGAAACAACACUUCAACAAAGCACCUACGUUGAUGAAGGGCCCCAACAUGUAUUUCAUUUGUUCUUUGUAUCCUAUUUUGCUAUAUGGCUUUUAUUGCCAUAGAUAGAUGGGAUGAAAGUCCCCUAAAGUGAAAGUGUAGUUAACCAAAUGCACUUUUGAAGCUUUGUUUUGUCAUACAACAAUUUGUUGUCAAGUCUCCACUUGAAGCCAAAGUGAAAUCAACAGUUUUAUUUUGACAUAAGAUAUUUAAACUGAAACUGGCAAUUACUUACUUUAAUAGCGAGUUAAGCAAUUUUGCUUAUGCCAAUAGGGCAUGUUUAUUCAUGAAUUUAAGGCAAAGCAAUUAAACAUAUUGAAACGAGCUGUUCAACAAGUUAUUUAUACAUUACAAUACACUACAUUACACUAAUUAUAGGAGCAGUAGAACAGGAAAAACUAAGGGAUGAGAAGAAAAACUUCACUAACAUCCAAACAAAUAGAGUUUCUCAAAGUCAUUUCGUUUGGAGGGCAACAAUGUAAAGGAUAGGCCUUUAAGUACAACGAACUGGCUACGAAAAGGUUGAUAAGCACAUCUAUUCUCCUUCACGUCUGACAACGUUAAUCACUUGAAUGUUGCUUUCCAGCCUGUAUCACUUGUCCCUCUGGGUGGGUUUUUGUUUCCCGAGCUGCUCUAGACGUCGGCUUCAUCUUUAUGUCGUUCUUAUCCGUUAUCCUAUUUAAACGUUUGUUCUUUAUAACCAUUUCUACCUCAUUGCUACAUAUUGUACAUGUAGUACUUACGUUCUGUCUUUUUUUGAAUGUCAUGCAUUUGUACAAAAAUAAAGAAACAAAAACAACGACGGCAACAACAACAACAACAACAAAACGCUAAAAGAAAAAAAAUGGACCAAAAAAUGAACAGCUUUACCUCCGAAAGACAGUCCUUACACCAGAACAGUAUUAUCAGCAGAACUGAGAAGACACAUUAGUGAGUGUGAAGUUGACGCUGAUGCAUACAUGAGAUACUGACUUCUAUGGGAUAUAUAGGCACUCAUAAUGCCACAUUUCUGCAAGUAUAUUGUGGGCUGUAUAGGUCUUUCUCUAGGGUCUCCAAUGCAAAUUCCGUUUUUAAACUAGAAUGUACUUUGCUUUAAUAUUUUGUGAACUGUUGUAGUGCGCAUGUUAAUGUGUCUUUGUGUGCACUUACAAUUCAAUGUGUAAGUGUGUUGGGUUAACAUAUUUAGAUAUGUGAAAUUACAAAUUUAUACAUUUCAUACAUAUGUACAGGAAAUAAACUUGCACAUAUGUGUACUCAAUGUACAUUUGCUAUUGAUAUAUACAUAUUAAAAUGCACCACAUUACAGUACAGUACAUGUUUAUAUGUGUGUAUGUAUUGCCAUACCUACAGUAAACGUCAAUGUAUUUUCAUCUAUUCCAAGGUACAGUACAAAAAAAAAAAAAACAUAAAAUAUUGAAUAAAGAUGUUUUUUUUUCUGGAAACCAAAUGUGUUUUCUUUUGUCUCCACUCUCUCAUUGGUUAGACUCGAUUGAUUAGAUGUGCGGACGUGUCCAUGUUCGCGGUGUGUGUUGACAAUUUCAGUUCUGACAUUGAUAAUGUUAGUCAAGAGACAUGACAUUUGGAAACGUCAGUUACUCAUUGUAUAACACCCAUACAAUGCACAACACGCGGCGCUCUCUUGAGGCAAUUCGUCUCUAUUUAUUUUCAAGGUUUCUGUGUCUUAAUAGAAAAUUGCAUCGACUGUGUAAUUGUAAUCCUUCCAUUAACCAAAUGUGUUGUU